ACCUGCUUUCGACUGUUCGACACCGUCUUUGUCUCCAUUUGUACCGACAUCUUUAUAUUGCAACACACCCAUUUGCUAUGACCAUAACGCUACAGACAGGUUUCAGAGCACUGCCGCUCCCACUUGCUCAACUCUCACUUGCUGCAGUUCUCCAAUGUGGCCAGUCUUUCCGGUGGUCGGUAUUCCCGCUGUCGCACAACAUUCCAAACGCGACCCUCCCUCAGUUCGAAUACCGACUCUGUCUUCGGGACCGUGUAGUGUGUCUUAGACAGUCAACAGAUACGUUAUUCUAUCGUGCUGUCUUUCCUACCCCUGCUUCACUCUCGGAAGAGAUUAAGAGAAGUGCGGAAACUUUGGCAUGGCUUCGUGACUACUUCCAGCUGGAUGUGGAUCUUCUGAAGCUUUAUGACGAGUGGGGAGAGCUUGAUCCCGUUAUCAAGCGACUUAAAGGAAGGUUUGAAGGCAUUCGUAUGCUCAGGCAGGAUCCCUUUGAAUGUCUUCUAUCAUUCAUAUGUUCUUCCAACAACAAUAUUUCGCGUAUAACAAAAAUGGUCAAAGCACUAUGCACGGAGUUCUCGCCAGCUCUGCUGAGUCUCCCGUCACCUGAAUUAGAGCCGCAAGAGCGGGUACAUGCAUAUCAUCCGUUUCCACCACCUUCUGUCUUGGCCAAACCUGAGGUUUCCAUCACCUUGCGGAAACUAGGAUUUGGAUAUCGCGCCGAAUUUAUUCAGAGAACCGCUCAAAUGCUUGUCGAAGUGCAUGGCGCAGCCCAAAGUAGCUACGACACCAUGGAACCUGCCGAGAAAUGGCUGCUGACUUUGAGGUCUCUGCCUACGGCCCAAGCUAGAGAGGAAUUACUAAAGUUUGUCGGCGUUGGAAGAAAGGUCGCCGAUUGUAUUCUUCUCAUGAGCCUAGACAAGAGAGAAGUCGUGCCAGUAGAUACACAUGUGCACCAAAUCGCAGUGAAACAUUACGGCAUGACAGGUUCAUCCAAAACAAGAACGAACAUGACACCCAAGCUCUACGAUGAAGUCAACAAUAAGCUAGCUUCGAUCUGGGGAGAGUAUGCUGGAUGGGCCCACUCUGUUCUCUUUACGUCGGAUUUGAAGUCCUUCUCUACUUAUGGCUUACUCUUUCCCUCGCCUUCGGAAUCGCCUUCGAGACCCUCCGAAGUUCCAUUGGUGUCUUCAGUCGUACUACCACCGACACCUUCGCCAUCUCCCUCGAAACGAAAGCGUGGACAGACGACGCGCGACAUCGAAACCUCUAACGAUAAGGUAUCUGUCCUAAAGAUUGAGGAUGUACCCCCAGAAGAGCUUACCUCUCUGGCGGAACGUGUGAAGAGGCGGAGACGGACGCCUGGUCGCUCACCGCUAUAAGAUGUCUAUUUCUUCACGUUCUCUAGACUCGCAUCCCUUAUAUACCCUACACGUACAACGUAGUGUCUUACGUGUAUUGUCCACGUUUGCUCCAUAGCAUACAAACCGUUUGCUAAAUUGAAGUGCACAAGCUUCAAUUUCAUUAUGACG